AUGGCUCCCCCAGAUGGAAAAACUGAGUCCGCUCCAGACCCUGAAGCAGAUCUCAGCGCAAUCCUUUCAACUGAGGAGCAGGUCGAGUUGACGCUACUUAUCGCGAACAUCACGGAGGUCAUGCGCAAGCACAUUACCGACACUUUCGAUGCCUCAAUUACUUCUGCAAAUACACCACAGCAAGCUCUGCAUGUGACAGACAAAAACCCCAACAUUGAAGAUAGCAAGCCUCACAAGGAGACUGAAGAUGAAGAGAAGGCACGUAAGCUUAGAGAAAGGCGCGAAAAAGAAUUGAGUGCUCCAAAAAUGCUCGAGCUGAAGAAUGCAUAUUUGGAUUUCUUCGACAAGUGGCGAAAAUCUGUCAUCUCCAGGGUAGGAGCAGUGGUGAACAGCCCAAAAGAGGUGGUUGCAGAAAAGAAGGAGAAGGCAACUGCAGCAACAACUACCGACUCGUCGGCGCCCGCAGAGCCAAAAGUCAUCCGGUCAAAUACCAAUAUUGAGGAAGCUGAUGCUGCUCUAAUUGAAUUAUACCGCCCCACCUCUACCUCCCUCGUAAGCCUACCAAAAGAUCGACGAAUACUCCUUUUACAUGCUAUGUUGCUAUUGUUAUUGUCUCUCGAGCAUUAUGUGGCCCACUCUCGGGUGCUGUUGCUACAUAUUAGCUCUUCCUUGCAUCUCCCACUGCACAUUCUCACGGAAGAUGAAGUCAAGGUUGCACAAGGUCUACUUGAAGCAGCUAAGCACAUGUCAGGGACUGAGGAAGCACACAAACGAACUGAGGAGAACAAAGUCGCUCGAAGAUGGAAAGUGGGACUCGCAGGGGUGGCUGGUGCGGCGAUUAUAGGUGUCACUGGAGGACUAGCUGCCCCCUUGGUUGCCGGGGCUAUUGGGACAAUCAUGGGAGGCCUUGGCUUAGGUGCCACGACAGCGGCAGGAUUACUCGGAGCUCUGGCUGAAAGUGGCGUUAUCGUGGGCAGUCUGUUUGGAGCUUACGGUGGUAGAAUGACUGGGAAGAUGAUGGAUGCAUACGCCAAGGAGGUGGAGGACUUCGCAUUCUUGCCUUUGAAAGGCUCUCGACAUCACGAACAGAAACCUGAGGACCGGCGACUAAGGGUUACUGUGGGGAUAAGUGGUUGGCUUACUCAAAAAGAAGACAUAAUCACUCCAUGGAGAGCCUUGGGGCGCCAGAGUGAAGUCUUUGCUCUGAGAUGGGAAUUAGAAGCAUUGACCAAGUUGGGGAGUUCGAUGGAAUCCGUCGUCAAGAGCGCUGCCUGGACUGUUGCUAAGAAGGAAAUCAUUGCUCGAACGAUAUUUGCCAGUUUGAUGGAGGCUUUGUGGCCCGUAGCCCUCUUGAAGGUUUCCAAGGUCGUGGAUAAUCCGUUCUCUGUUGCAAAAAACCGCGCCGAUAAAGCUGGUUUGAUCCUCGCGGAUGCUCUGAUCAACAAAGCACAAGGAGAAAGGCCAGUGACAUUAAUCGGCUAUUCCUUAGGCGCGAGGCUCAUAUAUUCCUGCCUCAUGAGCCUGGCAGAGCGUCGAGCUUUCGGUCUGGUGGAUUCCGCUGUUCUGAUAGGAACGCCUGCUCCAAGCGACGCUGCCGAUUGGAGGGCAAUGAGGAGCGUCGUUGCAGGACGGCUUAUUAAUGUCUACUCAAAGAAUGAUUAUAUUCUAGCAUUUUUAUUUCGGACAAGUGCCAUUCAGUAUGGCGUUGCCGGAUUACAAGACGCUCAAGAUGUCAAAGGAAUAGAGAAUGUCGAUGUCUCUGAGAUGGUGAGCGGUCAUUUGCGCUAUCAGUAUCUUGUAGGAUCAAUCUUAGAGAAGAUUGGGUUCGAGGACAUAGAUGUUGAGGAGGUAGCAAGAGAAGAAGAAACUUUGGCUUUGCUUGAGGAACAGGAAAAGAAGGAAGAAGAAAAGAAGAGAGGAGUGGAGGUCGAUCCAGAGGCCGAAGCAGCAGAGAUGGAGAAGGAGGUUAAGAAGAAAACGGACCAGACCUUGAUGGAGAGAGCGGCGGAGAAAUUGCAUCUUGGAAAGUAA